GGGUUCAUACAAACCUUGGAUCGAGGUAUCAAACAAAUAGUAAGCCCCGCCCAAUUUGAUAUUCUACAACUUGAAUACCCUCACAUAUUUCCCAAUUUCAUAUACACAAAAUACCGCAAUCAUGUCAAUGUUCGGAAUGGGUCGUCCUCAGCCAUCCUCGCAAGAGAAAAUCGCUGCUGCUGAGCAAGAGAUGGAUCUUAUUACUGAUAUGUUCAACAAGUAUGUUAUCCUGUUUGUACUCGAAAGAGUAGAUUAAACUGCCAAUGAUGGAAGCUCCGGAAACCCCAUAGCUCGCUGCGCUCUAAAUAUUUAAGAUAUAUUAGUCUGCCCUUUGCGGCAGUGGCUUCCGGGGGGCUAGCGGAGCAUUAUUAUUCAUGAAGCUAUGAAUAGCUUCAUGGUAUCUAGUCUAUACUGACAUGUUUUUACAGACUCAGUCAGUCAUGCAUUAAGAAGUGCAUUCCUAAAGAAUACCGCGAGGGCGAACUCAACAAAGGCGAGGGUGUCUGCAUUGAUCGAUGUGCGGCAAAGUUUUUCGACGUACAGAUGAAAAUCUCCGAGUUAUUACAAGCAGAGGCAGCAGCUAAAGGGGCUGGUGGCGGUGGUUUUGGAGGUGGUGGAUUUGGAAUAUAAAAUGAUCUUGAUGGAAGGAAGGAAGCUUCUUUGGGGCGUUUUAUUUUUGGCCCGUUUGACGCGCACAUGAUGCAGAGGUGACAUGAUGAUGGAAAGGCAUAAAAGGAAUCCAUCGGAAGACGUUCAGGACAUCAAAAAAACAGUAGCGGGUGAUGAUAAAACCCAUCCCUGUUGAUAUUGUACAUUAGAAUGUGGUAUAAGGACAGCACAAACGACGUUCAUAUCCGCCACCCCCAAAUCCCAAAACUCCAAUCCAUAUUCU